AUGGCCACAAUACCAAGCGGUACAAGCGGGGAGCCCGUCAGCGAUCAACUCGUCGUCAGUCUGACCAGGUUCCAUCAUAUCGAUAACCCCAACUGACGCUCCUUUUCCUCGCCAUUCGAUGCAAUCAGCGGCAGUUCUGUCCUCCGCUCGAUUCGGCGCUCGUCCAUGCUUUGCUGCUCGACCUUCCCUCGACACCUUCUCAAGAUGAGAUCAAGGCCAUCAAUUCGACCUUGAGCUCGCUGGCCAACGAUGCCGAGAUACAAUUCACACCUGAUCACGAGGAUGACGGCAGGGACGGGACAGGGGUCUCCACCACGACCACCAAUACGACAUCAACGCUCGCCGAAGACUUGGACCUAGGCAAGACCUUGGAAGUCUGGUCAUUGAAUGGGGACGAGUCGUCGACGACGCAAGGCACGACCCCUUCGAACCGAAGUGAUUCCGAAAGAUCUUCGUACCGACCCGAUGAUCCCUUGGCGUUCCUAUCGUCCGUCUUCCCCAACGAAUCGAUCGAGCUGCUGCAGCAACAUCUCGAGUCGUCUUCGGGGGACGUUGAGAUCGUCGUCGAUGAGUUACUCUCCAGUGGGUUGCUCAAAGAAGCUCAGAGGGAAGAAACGCCGCUCCCCCCGCCGACAUUGGACUCUCCCGUCGUAUCGAAACAACAACGCAAGCGGAUAAAGGCGGUUCAGAAAGCUUCUUCGACCCUGUCCCUUACUUCUACACCACAUCUCGCACCGCAUUCGUCCGCACUGUCAGCGGCAAGCUACGAUUCCACUCCUUCACCCAUCAUCGCGGCGCGGCCGAUCGAGAACCGGUGGGUCUCCAUCUCGUCCCACGCUUCCAAACUGGCUACGUUGCUCCAUGUCUCCGAAUCAAGGAUCGUAUCGACCUACCACAAGUCGUCGUCUUCCCUGCCUCUCACGCUCGCGAGGUUACUCCACGCUUUGACGGCCGAACGGCCCUUCGACUCACUUUCGAACGAAGACGAACAGAGUCCGAUCGAUCUGCGCGAUUCAUUAGGAGCGGUCUUGCCCCACCUCACAGAGGAGAGAUUGGAGAUGCUGCUCUCCUCUACGGAAGGUGACGUAGCCGAUGCGAUGGACCUAGAAGCGACGAUUCAGGAGAUCGAGAAAUCCGAAGGGAGAUUGGUCUGGUCCGAGAUCUUGCAGUUGGAUUCGACCGAACCUCAACUCACGAAGAAGACGGGUCCGACCUUCUCGUCGACGUCAUCGACAACAGCGGCCAUCCCAAUUGCCGUUGUACCGAAUCCUAGGAUUAAAGCUGUAGUGCAAAGGAAAGAACGCUACACCUUCAGCGAAUGUUCGACCCUCGAAUCGGAAUACCUUCACAAACGAAACCUCGCUCUUAGGUCAGCCGCAACCCACUUCCAAAAAGGUGGGAUAGGGGAACGAGGAGCUGCUUCCUACUGGGCUGAAGAAUCGAGGAAACUGGAUGCCAAGAGGAAGGUUUGGACGGAGAGGAAGGCUGUGGCUUUGGUUAGGGAGAGGGCGUUGAAGGAUGGGAUGGGGGGUGGGAGGGGAGUAGAUUUGCAUGGGUUGACGAUGAAUGAGGCCAUGGCGGUGACGAGGGAUAGCUUGGAUGAGUGGUGGAGGGUGAAGCAUGGUGCGUUUGCUCGGUGAAGGUGCCGUGGAGGUGCUUUGCUUGAGCUAACCUCGUCUCUGCUACAUCUUUGGUUGCACAGGUGCUCUUUCCCCAUCUCCAUUACGCAUCAUCACCGGUGUCGGCAAGCACUCGACGAACCAAGUCGCGAUCCUGCUACCCGCGGUGAUCAAGCUUCUGGACAGAGAAGGCUGGAGUUGGUCCUACGACAACAGUUUCGGAGGCGCGGGCGCGAGAGGUGCGGUUCUUGUCAAGGGGAGAAAAUGA